UAAGACACUUUGUUAUCUUGAAAGCAUUGGCCUCAGCAACUGACGUGAAAUUCCUCGGAGGUCUGCAUGAAUAGCAACCAGUGAUUGAUGCAAAAAAACCGAACGUAUAUGUUAAUAAUUCAGAAGAAAAAGAAAAUAACUUUUGCAGAAACCUUAUUUUUUAAUAUUUUAUCAUCCGCAAAAUCCUAUUCAGCACUUUUAUAUUAUUAACUUUCAAAAAAAACUCAAUAAAGUUUAAGAAAACAGCUCAACUCAGUUUAAACUGAGGCCUGAGUCUACGUGCAUCAUAGAGCUCAGUCCUACCCUUAAUUUUUUUUUGCCUUGAAAAAGAAAAAGAAAAGAAAACACUGAAUCUGGCUUCCACGCAUUGCAGCAGUCUCCUCUUGCAGUUGCCGCAAAAUCUGAAUUUUUGUUUUUUCUUUUCAAAAAAGUGAAAAUCACAAAUUAAACCAAAAUUGGAGCUUGGUGCUGCCGCCGCAUCUCGUUAAUAUAUAGUCUCUCGAUUGUUUUCACCGUCGACAAUCGACUACCGUCCACCUCCAGCGACAGUAACAGCACUCUCUAUCUCUUUUCACAAAUCUUUAGCUCAUUCAGAAUAUUUAUGAAUUAGAAAUUUGUUGGUUUUGGAGCAGUUAUUACUUUUAAUUUUAGCUUUAAUUAUCGAAAUGGGUUCUAAUUUAGACAAGAAAAAUAAAUAACUGAUAUGCACAAAAAUCAAAUUUCGCUAUGAAAAUGCGGUUUCAUAGGACUUUCUGUGCUGCUCCAUCCUCUCUGCUUCCCGCAAGGCUUCCAUCUCCAAUGGAAACUCAUUUUUGGUAUAUUAUACCUGAUGAAGUAAAGAGUAUAUCUCUUCUGAAUAAAUAUAUGGAAAUUUUAUCUCCAGUUGAGAAACAAAAUGUUCUAUGCAUGCCUGAUGAUCAACUCCGGAAACGAGCCAUCCUUGCUCGGACCUUGGUUCGCACUACUAUUGCCAGAUAUCAGAAAAAUUGCCAUUUUGAUCCAAGAUCUUUGAAGUUCAGGAAGAAUAUCCAUGGGAAACCUGAGGUGGAACGGCAAAGUGAGGAUGGCUUGUUCCCACCACCAUUACAUUUCAACAUCUCACAUACUUCUUCUUUGAUAGCUUGUGGAGUGACUGUGAAUUCACAAAUUGGUAUUGAUGUGGAGGAGAAGCAACGGAAGAUAAAAAAUAACGUCUUAGCUUUUGCACGGCGUUACUUUUCUUUCUAUGAAGUGGAAUUUUUAAGUGCAAUUUCAGACUCUGAAGUGCAGCGCCAGGAGUUCAUAAGACUAUGGACCCUCAAGGAGGCAUAUGUUAAAGCUUUAGGAAAAGGCUUCUCUGCUGCACCUUUCAAGACCUUCACCAUUCGCGUAAAGCCUGCCACUAAGGAAGGCCAUAUCGUUCUUGCUGAGGAUUUAGAUUGUGAGGUAUGACACAAAAAAUUCUCCGAAUAAGAUCUGAAUGCAAGAUAAGAAAGUAUUGCUAGACUCUUUAACCAUCCAAGCAGGUAUCAGUCUGGGGCACAAAGAUUUGACUGUUAAGUAUGUUUUGUUUGGUAAUCUUUUUGCUUUAAGUUUCAUGCAGUAUAUAAACGAAGGUUAUAAUAAUAGUAACACGAACGAUAGAAUAUCUAUGCACAUUGCACCUGAAAUUGGAUAAUAUUUGACUUUUCUUUUAAAAUACUCCUUGGUUCUUAAAAGACUAAAGGAAUUACAAACAGGAUCAACAGAACAUAUAUGUAUACUGCACCUUAAUUUGAAUAGUCUGGUGUUUCUUCUAAAAUCUGGCUUAGUUCAUCUAACCAAAACAGUAAUGUGCAUUCUCUUUUGGGUGUUGAACAUUGAUUAUACUUUUAUUGCUUUUGCAUCUACAUCUCUGAUCAAGUCUCUUCUCAAAAUUCCUUCUCGAUUCCGCAAUCAGGCAUCUGAGAUAAUCGUUGAAUCUUUUGAUGAUCACAAGAACCUCACAAGCAAUUGGCAGCUUGCUCUGUUGGAAUUGGCCGGUUCUCACUAUGCUGCCAUUUGUAUGGAAAAAGAUAAAACAAAUGAAGAUGGAACUAAAGUUCCAAUAAAAUUGACUGCUUGGAGAACUGUUCCAUUUGUUGAAGAUGAGUGUGUUUCGGGAACCCGCUUAGUUGUGCCCAUUAGAGGCUUAAUAACACUAUAUUGAUUGUAUGAUGCCAUUUUUAAUUUUUAGUUUAUAGUGUGGAAUUCUGUACCCAUAUUUCUGCAUGUUGCAUUAUGUGAAAACAAUUCCUUCAAAAUCUGUUUACAUUUCUUA